ACAACAUUGCACCCAAAUUAACUCAAACCCAUAAAUUCUCCCCUUCCACCAUUUUUGCCUAUUUUCUUAACUCAUUCUUUUCUCCCUCAUUUCCUCCCAAACCCUCAACCUACAACUUAUCUUUAUACAAGAGAUACACAGAUCUCAACUCACAUGAUGAGACUGGAGAGAAGAAACAUGGGUUGAUUGAGCUUUUUCAGCUGAAAAUUUGAUGGCAUAUGCUUCAAAGCCCUUCUCUUCCGCUUUCUUGUUGAAACCUACAGAUAUUCAGUUCUCAGAAGUCCUUGUUUUUUUCUCUUUCUCGAUCAAAAUUCAGUCGGUUCUCGUAUGUGUUUAGCUAAUUGUUUAAGUAGUGUUUGAGCUUUGAAGGGAAGAAAAAAGAAAUGGACCCAAUAACAGCUCACGGACGCCCUCUUCCUCCUUUCCUCAUUCGAGAUCUUCAUCUAAAUCCGCACCAACAAUUUCAACAUAACCACCACCAACAACAGUUACAACAUCAUAGCUCUGAGGACGAACAAAGCCGUGGCCAGAAACGGGAUCGAGAGGAAACGGCCACCACAACCGACGCGAGUGAAGGUAAAGAACUCGAUGUAGUCCCCGGAACAGAAGGUGAAAUCUCCAGAAGACCACGCGGUAGGCCUGCGGGUUCAAAGAACAAGCCUAAGCCACCGAUCAUCAUAACCCAGGAUAGCGCCAACGCCCUCCGAUCCCACGUUAUGGAAAUUGCCACCGGCUGUGAUAUUAUGGAGAGUGUUUCGACUUUCGCUAGGCGAAUGCAAAGAGGGGUUUGCAUUUUAAGUGGGAGCGGAACCGUGACGAAUGUAACCUUAAGGCAACCAGGAGCUCCAGGUGCGGUCGUCACUUUACAUGGAAGAUUCGAAAUUUUAUCACUAUCUGGGUCAUUUUUGCCUCCUCCAGCACCACCGGCUGCAUCAGCGCUGACCAUAUACUUAGCCGGCGGUCAAGGUCAGGUUGUUGGAGGAAGCGUGGUGGGUCAACUAGUCGCUUCAGGGCCCGUGGUGAUUAUGGCAGCUUCUUUCGGUAAUGCAGCGUACGAAAGACUUCCAUUGGAGGAAGAAGAACCACCAACGGUAACGGUUCCUGGAAGUGGACACUUAGGGUCACCCGGAAGCGGACCCUUAGGGUCACCCGGAAGAAUGGUUAGUCAGGCGCAACAGCAGCAGCAACAGCAACUACUGCAAGAUCCCAAUGGAUCCUUUGCUCAAGGGUUGCUACCGAAUCUUCUCAAUUCAGUUCAAUUGCCAAACGAGGCCUACUGGGGCUUAGGCCGUCCUCCUUAUUAACAAAACAGAAACUUUCGGGUUUUUUUUCCUUCUCUUGUUAGUUUGACCUUUUGAUAACCUUUUCCUUUCUUCUUUUUAUAAGAUAGUCGAUGUUUUAAUUUUAAGCAUGAUGAUCAUGGGAUUCAACAGGCU